AUGAGUAUCAAAUAUUUUUACGCUAUUGCAUUUGCACGCACAGCUAAUCUGUCUGUCACUCUGUCUGUCUGUCUUUCAGGUGUGAAGUUCAGAGGAACCUCUCAGUCCAGGCAGGAGCAGUGCGCUCAGUUCAGUGAGGUCUCGGCUCGACUCGGCAGAGUCAACCAGCGGUCCGAGGAGGGCGACAUCGACCCCAUCUCACCGAUGCAGCUGCCAGAUUCCCAGUGGAAACGACAAGCCGCCACGCCGGGGUCCCGGGAGCACGACCCGAGCUCUCAACAGGUCACCAAACGCCACCGGAAACUUUUAAAGACCAGCCCUGUGCGGCGACCCCACACGAACUCUUCACACUCACCAUCAUCUUCAUCGAGCUCACGGCGUCUGUCUGACGUCCAGGAGUCCCGUCGACGGAUCAUACGGGAGGUCUGCGGGAAAUAUCGGAGUAAUAUUUCACGGACGAUAACGCCGCAUCACGUGUCGCGGAUUUACGUGGAGGACCGUCAUAAACUGCUGUACUGUGAGGUGCCUAAAGCCGGAUGCUCCAAUUGGAAGAGAAUCCUGAUGGUUUUGGCCGGCGUCGCCAACUCUACGCGAGAAAUCAAUCACGUGGCUGUUCAUUACGACAAUCACCUGAAACGCCUGGACAGCUUCGACCAUCAAGGCAUCUCUAAGCGCUUGGAGACGUACACCAAAGUCCUGUUCAUCCGAGAGCCGAUGGAGAGACUGGUGUCUGCCUUCAGGGACAAAUUCGAGAGCCCCAAUUCCUACUACCAUCCCGUAUUCGGAAAGCCCAUCAUCUCCAAAUACAGGGUGAAUGCAUCGCAGACGGCUCUGAAGACGGGAAGCGGCGUGACCUUUCGAGAGUUCAUCCACUAUCUUUUGGACGUGCAUCGUCCCGUGGGAAUGGACAUCCAUUGGGAAGCGGCCAAUCAGCUCUGCAGCCCCUGCCACCUUCACUACGACUUCAUCGGGAAGGUCGAGACCUUGGAAGAAGACGCCAACUUCCUUUUACGAAAGAUCGGUGCGCCGGAGAACCUGACGUACCCCUCGUUCAAGGACGGGAACCCCAAAGCGGCCAGAACUUCCACUCAGAUCACGCAGCAUUAUUUUUCGUUGCUGAACGCGUCUGAGCGCCAGCGGGCGUAUGACUUCUACUACAUGGACUACUUGAUGUUUAACUACUCCAAACCCUACAAAGACCUGUACUGAAGCUUGUGCUUUAACCGCUGGCUACCUGUGCGCGCUGUCCGUCGUCUGAUCAAUGCUUCAGAGACUAAUUAGACUAAUCCAUAAUUACACAGUCUCAUGCUCUUUGGAGAUUCAGCCGUCAAUAACCCGGAGCACAUCACUCAUUUACAUAAAUGGCUCUUAAUUUGCCAUUAAAAAGUGUCCUAACCAGGCGUGACUCCACAAGUUACCAGUGACUAACUCAUCUGUCUCACUGACAGCAUAAAUUGAGUGUGAUGUUUAAAAACUCACAGCCAACUAUCAAAUGUUUAGUAUACAGAGU